AUACAUUAGCUUCAUCACUCACAAUACUUCCUCACAUUUCUCCAUUUCUUCUCUGUAAAUUCCGGCGACCGGAAAAUUUUCACGAUGGACGUUCGCCGGCGAUCUGUAAAACCCCUUGACGCUUCCAAACACAUUUCCUCCGGAGAACCUCUCAAACCCCAUAAUCAAGAUUCCUCUGUUAAAGCUUCAGAUGCUCUUCCAUUACCAUUGUAUCUUACAAAUGGUUUGUUCUUCACCAUGUUUUUCUCUGUCAUGUAUUUUCUUCUACACAGAUGGCGUGAGAAGAUCCGUAAUGGAAUUCCACUCCACGUGCUUAACUUUUCUGAAUUAGUUGCUAUGUUUUCGUUGAUCGCUUCAGUUAUUUAUCUGUUGGGGUUCUUUGGUAUUGGGUUUGUUCAAUCUUUCGUUUCUAAAGGAAAUAAUGAUUCUUGGGACGUUGAAGAUGAAACCCCAGAACAGUUUAUUGAUACAACUGUUACAUCACCACCUGUUCGACGAAAUAUCCCAAUGAAAUCUGUACCUGUUGAUGAAAAAGCUGCUCAGAUAAUCACACCAUUUUCGUUAGAGGAUGAUGAGGUGGUUAUCAAAUCGGUGGUGGAAGGGAGAAUACCAUCAUAUUCAUUGGAAUCUAAGUUGGGUGACUGUAAAAGAGCUGCUUUUAUUCGAAAAGAGGCGUUACAGAGGAGUUCAGGGAAGUCAUUGGAUGGGUUACCAUUAGAUGGAUUUGAUUAUGAAUCAAUUCUUGGACAGUGUUGUGAGAUGCCAAUUGGGUAUAUUCAAAUACCAGUGGGAAUAGCUGGACCUUUGCUUCUUAAUGGGAAUGAGUUUUCUGUGCCAAUGGCAACCACAGAAGGAUGUUUAGUUGCUAGUACUAACAGGGGUUGUAAAGCCAUUUAUGUUUCCGGUGGCGCUACGAGUGUUUUGUUUAGAGAUGGGAUGACUAGAGCUCCUGUAGUUAGGUUCGGCAGCGCAAAGAGAGCUGCAGAGUUGAAGUUCUUCGUCGAGGAUCCAAUGAAUUUCGAGACUCUAUCUGUUGUUUUCAAUAAAUCAAGCAGAUUUGCCAGAUUACAGAACAUUCAAUGUGCAAUAGCUGGAAAGAAUCUAUACAUGAGGUUUAGCUGUAGCACUGGUGACGCGAUGGGAAUGAACAUGGUUUCCAAAGGUGUACAAAACGUUCUUGAUUACCUUCAGAAUGAGUACCCUGACAUGGACAUCAUCGGCAUAUCUGGGAACUAUUGCUCGGACAAGAAACCAGCAGCAGUUAAUUGGAUCGAGGGGAGAGGAAAGUCAGUAGUUUGUGAGGCAAUCAUCAAGGAAGACGUGGUGAAGAAUGUUCUGAAAACCGAGGUUGCUGCUCUAGUUGAGCUGAACAUGCUUAAAAACCUCACUGGCUCUGCCAUGGCUGGUGCACUUGGUGGCUUCAACGCCCAUGCCAGCAAUAUUGUCUCAGCUGUAUAUUUAGCCACUGGCCAAGACCCGGCUCAAAAUAUUGAAAGCUCUCACUGCAUCACUAUGAUGGAGGCUGUAAAUGAUGGCAAGGACCUCCAUAUUUCCGUCACCAUGCCUUCAAUUGAGGUGGGUACAGUAGGAGGAGGAACUCAACUAGCAUCACAAUCAGCUUGCUUGAACUUAUUAGGAGUGAAAGGUGCUAACAGAGAGGCACCAGGGUCAAAUGCAAGGCUUUUGGCCACAAUAGUAGCAGGUUCGGUUCUCGCGGGUGAGCUAUCCCUCAUGUCAGCUAUCUCAGCUGGGCAACUUGUUAAGAGCCACAUGAAAUACAAUAGAUCAUGCAAAGAUGUCACUAAGUAAUAUGCAACAACACAGCUAAUGUCUCAAAAUUGUACAGAUUUUCUUGAAAUAUAUAUAUAUAAUCAUCAUCAUCUUUGAAAUAAAGGACUAUAAAACCAAAUUUAGGGAAUCAUAUUUUCAUAUUAUUGGAGACAAGAUGAUCUGUAUGCUGUGUUGUAUGUAUUAAUAUAUGCAAAUAUUUAUUUAAAAAAAAAAAAAAGAUAUGUGGGGAUAAGGUAGUUGGUAUUAUUAAGUUUCAAUAUGUGUCAAGGUGGAUGACCUUAUAAUGUCUUCUAAUUUUGUACUAUUACUUUGUAAUUUAGGGCCAAAAAUUUAAAUGGCAUCUCAAUAUGGGUAUUGUUUUGCUCUGCA